AUGUUAUCGACUCCGUUCGGCGCCGCCACCAGUAGCUCCACAGUGCCAACUACCACGGGACGCGGACCUUCCCAAUCACCAGAAACGCUUGCGUCGCUAAUCACCACCUCUAAAAACAUCACCCAACUCCUCCAGAUCCACGCAGCUGCAAUCCGCCAUGGCUUUCAUAACCACCCUGUUGUAAAUUUCAAAUUGCAGCGCUCUUACUCAUCGUUUGGCCGCCUUGAUUCAUCUCUUGCACUUUUUAACCGCACCCAUGAUCCAAAUGUCUUCUUCUACACUUCCAUCAUCCACGCUCACGCCGCCUAUAAUCUCCAUAUGCGAGGAAUACAAUUAUACAUCCAAAUGAUGUCACAAGAUGUAGAACCCAAUGAAUUUACAUUCUCUGCUCUGCUAAAGGGUUGUCCUUUAGAACCCGGAAAACUGCUUCACCCCCACGUAAUUAAACUCGGUUUUGAUUGUAAUAUGCACGUGAGAACAGCUCUGGUUGAUGUCUAUUCAAGAGGCGGCGACCUGGUUUCUGCUCGCCAACUGUUCGACACUAUGCCUGAGAGAAGUUUGGUUUCCUUGACUUCCAUGAUAACAGGGUACGCCAAGCACGGCGACCUCAUCAACGCACGGACAUUGUUUGAUCGUAUAGCAGACAAGGAUGCCGUAUGUUGGAAUGUAAUGAUCGGUGGGUAUGCAAAGUAUGGAAAACCAACCGACGCCAUAACCCUGUUUAGAAAAAUGCUGCAAACAAAGAUGAACCCUAACGAAGUCACAUUAGUCGCAGUUCUCUCUGCCUGUGGACAGAUCGGAGCUUUGGAAUCAGGAAGAUGGAUUCAUUCUUACAUCCAAAACAACGGAAUCCAUAUCAACAUUCAUCUGGGAACUGCUUUAAUCGACAUGUACACCAAAUGUGGUAGCUUAGAAGACGCGCUAAACAUCUUCAAUAACCUCAAGAACAAAGACGUCAUCACCUACAACUCCAUGAUCUCAGGCUACUCAAUGCACGGGUAUCACCAAGAAGCUUUACUUCUGUUUCACGAUAUGCACAAGAAUCAUAAACAACCCACCGCCAUCUCAUUCAUCGGAAUCUUGAAUUCCUGUGCUCAUUCCGGCCUAGUCUCAAUCGGAAAGGGAAUCUUUCUUUCCAUGGAAACCAAACACAAAAUCAAACCAACAAUCGAGCACUACGGAUGUGUCAUCAACCUUCUAGGUCGAGCCGGUUUUCUCAACCACGCAUACACACUCACCAACAACAUGAACAUAAACAACAUCAAACCUGAUCCAAUCAUAUUUGGAACUUUACUCGAUUCAUGCACCCUCCAUAAAAACAUCGAAUUAGCCGAAAAGAUUGUAAAGUUCUUGAUCGAUCAUAAUCUUGCGAAUUCAGGAACUUAUAUCCUUCUUUCAAACUUAUACGCGUCCACUUCAAAUUGGGCCGGUGUGGCCCGCAUGAGGGCAUUGAUGAAGGAGCACGGGGUGCAAAAAGAACCGGGGUGUAGCUCGAUUGAGGUUAACCACAAGGUGCAUGAGUUUGUUGCAGGUGAUAUGAAACACCCGAAAAGUGAAGAGAUAUAUGGGAUGGUGGAGGAGAUGAAUGGGUGGUUGGAAAGCCAUGGUUAUAGGCCACAGACGGAUGUGGUGUUGCAGGAUAUUGGGAAGAGGGAAAGAGUGAGAUCAUUGGAGGUUCAUAGUGAGAAGCUUGCUAUUGCAUUUGGGCUUAUUAGUACAAAGGCUGGAAGUAGUAUCAAGAUUGUGAAGAAUCUUAGGGUUUGUUUGGAUUGUCAUGAGGUGACAAAAUUGAUUUCGAAAGUUACAGGUCGAAGGAUUGUUGUUAGGGAUCGGAAUCGGUUUCAUCAUUUUGUUGAUGGGUUGUGUUCUUGUGGGGAUUAUUGGUGA